AUGACGAUUUUGAAAAUACUUCAACGUUUUUAUCAUCGACGGCCACAUCUUAUCAUGCAGUCUCAUUGUUAUCUGUUCUUGAUACUAUUGACCCUGGAGUGUCUGAACGGACACGUUUCGAGACCAGGCAAAAGACUGGAGGCAUGCAACUCUUUCAAAAAGGCCAAGAACCGGAAUGCUGUAUGUAGUUGCAAUACAACUAUUGUCGACUGUGCCAAGAGAAGUUCCCCGUUGAAGGCAGUUCCAAAUAAAAUUAUUUCAACAAUAAAAAAACUGUAUCUGAAUGGAAACGAAAUUCACAAAAUACAAGAGAAUGAUUUCACAGGGGUUGAGUCCCUUGAGCAGUUAUUCCUCCAAGACAAUAAGAUAUCAUCGAUACAUCCUAACGCAUUUAAAGGACUUUUCAAGCUGGAAACUUU